AUGCUGAGACCUGAAUAUCUUUCUCUCCAAGGAAUUAAGAAUAUGGCAUCGCGCAUUCCAGUCUUCACAAAAGAUGCCCCCGCUCCCAUGGGUGGCCUCCUCAGUCAAGGCAUCGUCGCCAAUGGCUUUCACCGAUGCAUCAACAACCUGGGCGCAACUCUAGAGGCAGCGGGGUCCAGCUUGAACGAUGUCAUUGAAGUCACGAUUUACAUGGCUAGCUCGGAAAAGUUUGCGCGCAUGAAUGAGGUUUACAAGACAUAUUGGGGAGAUAUCAAGCCUGCAGGGACGACCGUGUUCAUGUUGGAGCUACCGCCUAAGACUCUGCUGGGGAUGAAGUGUGUUGGUUUGGUUACCAGACAAUCAGUUGCCAAGUCGAAGGUAUAG